AUGGAACCAACUGCCGUGGCUUCUUGGCGUAAUCUUUCAUCAGUUCACCCAGUUUGGAAACUUCUCUAUCCUCACACAAAAGGAAUUAUGGCGAUCAACACUCUUGGUCGAAACAAAUUGAUCCCCGAAGGUGGUGCAGCUGAUAAAGUUCUCAGUAUUGGUGGUGGCGGUCAAGUCACCUUGAUGCAGAAGUAUUACCGAAGUGUUUCAUUUGAUAGUUACGAUUUGAUCAAAGAUCUUACUGAACGGGGUGUUAAAGAUCUACGGAAGUUUCAUUACAAAAACGACGCUUUGCUUCUUUGGGGCGCUAUUCGCCAGUUCGUGCAGGACAUUGUAUAUAUUUACUACAAUGACAAGAAACAAGUUUUAAAGGUAAGUAUGGGUUAUAUGCUUUUAUUAAAAAUAUCCAUGUAUGACAAAAAGCGUAGUAUAGUAUUAAAAGUGAUGUAUGAUUUUUCGAUGUAUCCUACAUUCAGCAAUUAAUUGUAACACCACCUUAACCACGUAAGUCGCUUAUAUAUAAAUCACCAGCGGAAUUUCAUUCUGAGCAUGCCAAAGCUACGACAAACAAAAUAGCGCAUAAAUUAUAUCCCUCGCCCCGACCCUAUAUGACUGUUUAAAAUCCCAUUAUUUUAGUCUGAUGUAUAUAAGAAUAGAUAUAUGAAAAGGAUAUAAAUUAAACUAUAAAUUCGUGCCCAACUGCUCGUACGCACUAAGUGCUUGAUAAUGAACUAUUGAAAGCAUAUAAAGGAGGUUAUCACUUGAGGUGGCGAGUACAUGCAGCAUCUCCCUUCUUGAUUUAAUACGAAUUAGACUUAAUCCACAGACUUUGGAUAAUAUCUAAUUUAUGGUUAGAUUAUAGCUAGACUUACUCCAAAGUGCUUUCGUCGUUGAAGUCCGCAUACCUGCAUUGGUUGAUCAUAUCUGGAUGUCGCUAUAGGUCAACGAAGUUCGACACUUCGAGUGGUCCAUCAUGAGUUGGCAGUAGAAGACAUCUGUUUAUGGAGAAAAAGUUCUCUUUUUCAUUUAAGACAAGAUAAACGAUCUCCGUCUUUACAUUUCUUUAUUACUUUCCAUUUUUGUGACCAACUUUCUCUUUAAUUGUCAGUCCCAACUCGGCCCUUGGUAUACCUAAAUGUAUAAAACGAAAAAAAAGUUGUGGUAUUUGGAACGGGACUACUGAUCACGCACAGUUUUUAUGUGUAUAUUGGCAAUCAUAAACUAACAAGAGUCUCUGAGUUUAAAAAUCCGGAAGCUAUUCUAGGUGAUUCUCUAAAAUGGAAUGCUCGUUUUAAAUAUCUCAUUCCCAAAUAUGGUGAGUGUGGGACGUUUUAUACGCAAGGAGCUUGCGAUGUGUCCUCCUAACACCUUAAUUAUAUAAAUCUUUCAUCAGACCAGUUCUAGAGUACUGUGAGAGCGUUUUGGAAUGUUGUAACGAACGAGAUGUCGACAAGCCAGAUUGUUUACAGGGACGAGAUUGUGGCUAUUCAAGUGAGGAAUGCUCUGGAUAAUUAUGUUAAAGUCAUAUAUUUUAGAACCGGGAACAGAGAAUUAUUUCGACAUAUUCUGAAUGAAGCACAUCAAGCAGUUAUGCAAUCAUGCAUCGAAAAUAAGGUUGCCAGUCAUCAAUAAUUCCCAAGUAGGAGCGGUCUUAGAAAUUCAGUUCUAUUUUCAGGUUAGCCUUAGCCUCAUGAAUAAAUGGCUAGACGUGCUCUGGGUUGACGUAUGGAUACUAGAUUUUGUAUUGCUUUCGACUUUCCUUUCACUCUAGCAUCAUUUUCAAAUCGAAAUACUCAUUACAUCUCAUGUUUUAUAGGAUAAUGAAAUUCAGGAUUGGAUUCGUGAUCUUCGUGAAAACGGCUACAAAUUUGGAGGCAAAAGUGUGGAUAAAAAAGUGCCUAAGUCAUUUACGAAUCGCAAAGACUUGAUCAAUUUCCUGACCAAGGUGAUCUUUACCUGUUCUUGUCAACAUGCUGCUGUUAACUUCUCUCAGAUGGCCACCUAUGGUUACCAUCCUAAUUCUCCAACCUUGAUGAGACAACCAGCGCCAACAAAGAGAGGAGAAGUAGAUUCCACUGCCAUUAUGGCUACUUUGGCAAAUAAACACCAAGCUGGUACAAUGAUAUCCAUUGUCAAUGCUUUAACUACGAUUUAUCCAACUGAGGUAAUUAGGAAUGAUCUAAUUUAUCCGUUUUCAACUCAGGUACUUGUGUGGGAUUUUGAGGCCAUUAUUAAUAAAAUAAAUAUGUUUACUGGCGAUACCAGUAACUGAUCAUUUAUUCGCAACGUGGAGUAAGACUUGAAAUCGGUUAGCCAAUUUCAAUCUACAAAUACUCAACUUCUGCGACUUUGCAAUUGGACAAUAAAUAUUAUGCAAAUUUACGUAAUUUACGGCAAAAUUAUAGCUAUGAAGUUUUACUUUGUCGGGCUAGAAAUCCAAUAUAGUCCAAUAUGAAAAUGUUAAACAAUUACAAACUAAAAUAUAAACAUUUUGCGCUGGCCACAUGGUUUUAAAAUUACUAUUAUUACUAACAUUUUAGAUUCAAAUUUCUGAGGGCAUAUUCAGGGACGCCGGAAAGUCGAUAAUUGGGGGGGGGGGCAGAUAUUCCUAUAUUCAUGUUCUGCAUCAUUUAUUUCCUUUGAAAGCGAUUGUUUUUACAGUCUGUGAACACGAAUAUAUGAAUAUCUGCCCCACCCCAAUUAUCGACUUUCCGGCGUCCCUGUGCAUAUUGUGAACAGUGCACUGGACUUUGGACUGGUUUUGGACUUUCGACUUUCGAUUAUGAAAUUAUAUUAUUUUUAAGAUUUUCAUAUAAUUAUAUUAAAAUCUAAACAGAGAACGAAAAUUUGCUACUGAAAAGCGUGCUACACUGCGUGCACGUGCAUCAGGGAUAUAAUGUACAAGCACUUCUCACCCCUCCCCUCCCCCCCAAACUGGGCUUUGAUAUUCGCAAUUAUCAUAGCUAGCAGUUCCGAUUCGAGUGAAGCUGGCGAUAACACGGCAAGGUGAAAAAUAUUGUCAGUUAUGUAUAGGUAUACUAUAGAAAUACAUGCAUGCAACAACCCCUCGCCUAUGUUUUCCAAACAUUGUUUCAACAUGAAUUAGGUAUUCGUAGUUACGCCAAGACUGAACGCAGGCUCGUGUUGCCACGUCAUGUUAGCCAUGGCAAGACGAUGUCACGAUAAUUGGGUUUUUUUUAAUUUUUUGUACAAACCGGGAAAAAUAGGUGAAAUUUGAACACUUUUAACUACAGAACUAUCAAUUUCUACAAUAUAUAUAAAGUAGGUAUAAUAUUUUGGUUUCUAUGGGCUUUAUUUUAAUGUAGAAUUCAAAACGAAACUCUACGUAAAACGUUUUUAAAUGUGAAUUGAAAUCAACUGCUUUUUGCCGAUGUUUAUAAACUCUUCAACUCAAGCUUCAACUUAUUUCUCGCACUCUGAAAUGAAAUAAAUUUAAUUCGUACAGGACGCUAAUGAAAAUAAUUUGCUUUCCUUUUUAUCAUGAACUUCUACAAAGGUUAAUUUAACUAAGAAGCGUUCGCAAACAAUGCAUAGGAAAGACUUGAACAUCAAGAACAGUCUACAUUAUUACAAAGUCAUACAUAAACAAUUGAAACAUACUUGCCCUAAACUUUACGAUUUCUCAUACUAAAUCAAUUCUUAUAAAUAUUUGCGUUUACAAUUUGUUAUGUGAAACAAUUUUCCAAGCUUUCUGAUAUUUUUUUGCCUCUUCACUCCUGGCAAACAGCAAUAUUAUGAGAUCAGUGAGAUGACCACCCCCCGAAGCAAGCACGGUAACCCACGCCCGCGAUCAUUGAUGAACUUUAGACUUCGCUAAUGCUUUCGUUUCCCCGGGUGUAAAUAGCCGUGCGGAAUUAGUACCCUCGCCCAGGGCUUACGCCCGGAACGAUGCUCCGCGCCGUUGGCUCGGGGACCAGUGCAAUUUCAUAUCGAUAUAGCCUGCAGGAUUAUCUAAUUUUUUUGGAUUAUCUAAAUUUUAUUAUAAAAUUUGUAUUUAGAGCAUGUAUAGUACAUAAUAAUAUAGUUUAUACUGCAGAACUUCUUCUUUAUUAUGUAGAUUAUAGAAACAAUUGUGACAAAAGUAUCUCGGCAAAUACAAAAUAUUGAGAAACUUUAAAAACAGCAGCGAUUGAUACACCGGGUGGAAAGCGUAAUUUAAAAAUGAAAAUUAAAGCCCAGCAAAUGACUUUUAGACAAGACAUAACAAAAAUAUAAAAUUUAUUGGCUAACGUUUCGUUGUAUUGUUCACAACAUCUUCAGAGCAAUUAAACUGAUUUACAAGCGUGCAUUCAUAUAUACAAAUUUUAAACGGUUAUACAAUAUUCAAAUAAGCGAAUAAGAGGAAGGGAUGAAAAACAACCUAUCAUUAAAAAUAUUAGUAAAUUAAAGAUAUAAUGGUUAGUAAUUAUUAGUAAUUAGAGACCUAUAGCAAAGCAUUAGAAUAGGUCAAGAGGAGUUGACCUAAUGUUGGCAUUUAAAAUAGGAUUAAGUUUAGAUAUGAAAAGGCUUUCGCGAAUGAGUAAAUCCGCUUCAGAAGUAGCAGUGGAAAGGAAUUUAAAAUCAGAGGGUGAAAUUUGAUGUUUAAUGUUAUGGAUAUGAGCGAGUAUGCCUGACAUGGUUGAAACAGAACGUUUCUUUCCAGUCAAAGGUGAAACACCCAUAUGUUCAGAGAUACGCGUGUGUAUGUGUCGGCGAGUUUGACCAACAUACAAUGCACCACAGCAUUGACACUUAUACAAAUACACAACAUGCGAUCUCAGUUCACAGAGAAUUUUGUCCUUAAAUGGGAAGAAGUUCGAAAGACGGAAAGAAGGACGAAAGACGACACGUAAGGAAAUAUGUGGAUAAGCAGAAGAAAGAAAUUUCUGAAGUUGUGAUCGAAUUUGCAAACCAUGAUGACCAGUGAAAGGAAGACAAAAAUAUAUAACCUUUUUAGAGCAAGUAUGAACUUUAUCUCGAGAGUUAUACAUUUUAUCAAGAAAUGAUUUGAUACAACUAUCAACAAGUGUUGCAGGAUAACCAUUAAGGGAGAACGUUUUCUUGAAUUUCUUUCUUCUGCUUAUCCACAUAUUUCCUUACGUGUCUUUCGUCCUUCUUUCCGUCUUUCGAACUUCUUCCCAUUUAAGGACAAAAUUCUUUGUGAACUGAGAUCGCAUGUUGUGUAUUUGUAUAAGUGUCAAUGCUGUGGUGCAUUGUAUGUUGGUCAAACUCGCCAACACAUACACACGCGUAUCUCUGAACAUAUGGGUGUUUCACCUUUGACUGGAAAGAAACGUUCUGUUUCAACCAUGUCAGGCAUACUCGCUCAUAUCCAUAACAUUAAACAUCAAAUUUCACCCUCUGAUUUUAAAUUCCUUUCCACUGCUACUUCUGAAGCGGAUUUACUCAUUCGCGAAAGCCUUUUCAUAUCUAAACUUAAUCCUAUUUUAAAUGCCAACAUUAGGUCAACUCCUCUUGACCUAUUCUAAUGCUUUGCUAUAGGUCUCUAAUUACUAAUAAUUACUAACCAUUAUAUCUUUAAUUUACUAAUAUUUUUAAUGAUAGGUUGUUUUUCAUCCAUUCCUCUUAUUCGCUUAUUUGAAUAUUGUAUAACCGCUUAAAAUUUGUAUAUAUGAAUGCACGCUUGUAAAUCAGUUUAAUUGCUCUGAAGAUGUUGUGAACAAUACAACGAAACGUUAGCCAAUAAAUUUUAUAUUUUUGUUAUGUCUUGUCUAAAAGUCAUUUGCUGGGCUUUAAUUUUCAUUUUUAAACUUUAAAAACUACAAGCGAUUAUUAUUGCGCCUAUUGUAUUAUGUUUCUAUUGUCGUAUUGUUCAUCUUUGCACGAUAGUUUAUACCCGUUCAGCGCCUGCCUAAAACAGGCUGUGUUUACAAUGUAUUUUGUCUGCGUCAGUUUUAGCUUUUCAUAAAUGCCAUAGUGAACACGGAAACUCUCAUAAUCAUAUACUUCAUAAAAUACAAAAGUAUGGUACAUUAAUUGGUAUAGUGUUAUAAACGUAGCAAAUAGCUGCUAGACUACCUGAAGCACACUGAUAUAGACAUAGAUUUUUGCCCUCUUAGACACAACUGAGUAGGUCUUAAAAAGUGUAUAAAUUUCCGUUCGAAUAUCUCCACAAGACACAACUGAGUAGCUCUUAAAAAGUAUACAAAUUUCCGUUCGAAUAUUCCCGUCCACCUACUAACACUUAAUAACUGGAACACUUACAUAGUGAUAGGGAUAGCUAAAGAAUGUCUUUCAAAAAUAACUGAUAAUAUUAACAAAACGUUACUGUAACGGAGUAAACAAUUACACAAUACAGUACCAGUAUAAACUAUUAUGCAAAGAUGAACAGUCAAUAGAGUGAAUAGUAUAUAAUACAAUACUCAAUAGGCGCAAUAAUAAUCGCUUGUAGUUUAUAUCUUCUCAAUAUUUUGUAUUUGCCGAGAUACUUUUCUCACAAUUGUUUGUAUAAAUCUAUUAUCUAUAUGAUAAAGAAGUUCUGCAGUAUAAACUGUACUUUAAACUGUACUGGAUAGUUCCGGUCGCAAAACUUGAUUCAACAUAACAUCUAUAUAAUAUUAUAGUUCUUUUCAUCGCUGACUGAAUAACACGCCUUCUUAGUUCCGUCGCCUUUCUCCUUGGUAUUUUUUCUAUCUUUCCCACAAUUUAUUUGAGUUCGAAAUUACACAUUCAUUCUAACCAAUGAUGAAUCGACAUUGUAAAUAAUAUUUUUUUAUUGAUUAUUUUUUUGUUGUUGGUAAAAUGAAAACGUGAAACAAGUUUUCAUAAUAAUUUAUGGUGUUAAUAUAAUAUAUCUCUGAAAUGAUGAAAAUCAGGGCGUGCGGAUGGAAUGCUUCACAACCGCACUAAAUAUGCAUCAAAUUUUCUAAAAAUUAAAACAUGUAUCAUCGUCGUCAUGUAAUGUAUAAAAACGCACCCCGAGAAAGCAUUCAGUCCAGUGCACUAAGACCUAAAAUAGGUAACUAGCAUUGCUUUAUUAGUAUGGAUUAUCAUUGCCAAAUUUUGCACUGAUGCAGUCUUCAUAAUUUGUGCUGAGUUUAGGGUCUCCACGUUUUUCUACGAAGCCUGAUAAAUUUUCUCAAUUUAGUUGUUUCUCGGGGAUUAUGCGGACAACUUGUUUGGUGAUGCUUCAGCACAAGUAGCCUUGGCGAAAUUCAAGAGUAAGCUUGACGAGAUAACGGAGAAGAUUAAGAAAAGGAACGAAGGAAUGGUAGCUCCGUACACAUGGCUCUUGCCUGGUCGUAUUCCGAACAGUAUUGCUAUUUAGCGUGUCAUGAACUCGCUUCUCAUUGGCUUGACAAGCAUAUUAUUAAUCUUUUGUUAUAUCUUUUUAAUAUUUUAAGGCACUGUUAUUAUAUUGUGCUUAGUAAUGGAUGAAUAAAUUAAUUGAUUAAUUAAUUAAUUAAUUAAUGGAUGGAUAUUUAAUGAAUCCUUCCCAAUCAGGCUCCAUUCGGUGAUCACGCACACACAUACUAUAUAUAUUUCUAAAAUUCAUGAAUAAUUCACGAGCUAAUUAGUCAAUGAAUUUCUUAAAAUCUCGUCACAUGAUGACCCUUAUAUAGCGUGAUAUAGAUCGGUGUGUGCUGAUUUAAAAUUCAUAUACAGACUACGUGCAUGUACCUUGGUAAGUUAGAUGAAUAAUUAGGCCAAAUCGUCAUUAGUGCCGUUUAGAAAACAAAGAAAACAAAAGGCCAAAACAAAGAAAACAAAGGCCUAGUGUGACGGUGUUUGGCCUAAUUAUACAGCAAACCUACCAACCCUGCUUUAUGAUAAAGGUACGUGUACCUUUAUAAAGCAUUCUUUAUUUAACAAAAUGUUUAUUAAUCUGUUCCUAAUAAAAACUCAAAUAUUCGAGAAAUCAAUAAAUUCUUCACUUUCCAAAGUUAAAGGUAAUGUUACAAUUAUUAAACACGGGAUUAACAACCCUUUCGUUUUGAUUACACACCACUUUAAACUCUUUAAACCCAACCCACAUGCUUAACCAAAAUGCUAAAAACGCUUCAUUCAUUUCCGCCAGCGAUGCAGUUAAUGUCUGAUUUGGGCCAAUAUCAUCAGUUUCAUGACCAGCGUCGUCGACCUUCACUUCUUUAACCUUUCUAUAGCAGCUCUCCAGGAAUCAAAAAUUUUCAAAGCCUAUUUUCUUGCGUAUCUUGUACUUGGCGGCGUCGCUCUUUCGAGCAACGUUUGCUCCUCUUCAGCACUUUGAGCGCUUCGAAACCGACUCAUUAACGACACAAGUCAAAUGUUCAAAUUUCCAAUAAUAAUUGAAAACUCCGUUUAACGACUUGUAUGACUUGAUAAUUAAUCCAGUCAUUAAUUUGCUUGCUGAUCAAUGAAGGGAAGAAUCGUAAAACAAUAGAACAAUUGUAGUUAACAAUUCUUAUUAUUUCAUUGGGACGCAAAACAAAAGGUGAAUUUUCGAAGUCAUUUAUUAACCUAACCUCGUGAUUGGGCUUUAUCGCCAGUGCCUAUAUGCCUUAUAGCCGCUCGCUUUCGACUAGCGUCUAUAUGCACCGAUAAAGCCCUCUCACUCGGUUUAUACAUAGUACUUAAAAUUCUUUAUAUACACGGUAGCUUAUCAACUUAUAUCUACUACAAAUAUAUCAUGGCCAGAAAUGACGGGCAUCGUGCAAGCGUACCUGUCGGUCAGCAGCUUUUCCAUUUAUCCACAAGAAUUCCUAAUUAUCCUUUUACGCCCUGUCAAAACAUCCGGAAUGUUAAAGUGCUACUGCAGCGAAUUUUUCGACCCCUUUUUUAUUGGCUUAAUUUAAAGUGCUCACUUUCCUGAUAUGUUUCCCGCAAACAGAAUUGAAAUUGGUUGUUUCAAACCGAUUUUAUAGCCUUUCAAAGUUGCGAUUUUUGGUACUUCCUGUGCGAACUUUUUGGUCGGCCAUGUUGAUGCCGUGUGACGUCAUAAGAUGAACACAACUUCAUCAUGGCGUAUUCUAUUAGUAGUGCUAAACGCUAUCGCGGAGGAAAACGCUGUGUUGGCGGUCCUAACUUAGUUAGUUGCGCGAAUAAUCAACAAACUGAUGGAAUAUCCAUGCAUCUGUUUCCUAACGAAGAAACAGAUCAGCAAAGACGAAAAAAGUGGGUAAAUUUUGUCCACAAACAUAGACCGAGUUUUCACGAUACCGCGUCCUCGUGUCUUUGUUCUGCACACUUUACGGAUUCAUGCUACGAUGUGAAUCUUGCUUUGGCUAAUUCUCUCAAUAUGAAAAGGAGAUUGAAAGAAGAUGCUGUUCCUACAAUUGAUGUAGCUGGAAUUGUCGCACCGGCUGAAGAACAAUUGACAGAUCGAAGACGAAGGCAGGUUAGUAUUAUAAUAUCAUGCGUUCGCAGCGAAGGCGUCUCAAGACGCCCACGCACAUGAUGAAUUUUAAUAUUAUGCGAAUAUAAAUGUUGUCGCUCACUAAAGAUUCUGCAUAUUCUUAUUUCAAAGAUAAUUCGUCGCAGCAAAAGAUUGUCUCCUGUAAAGUUGGCCUCUUCUCCAGCGAAAGUUGAUGAACAAAUUGCAACAACAUCUCAGACUGUUGAUGAUACAAUAGAACAGAUUGCAACAACAUCUCAGACUGUUGAUGAUACAAUAUCGUACGACAGUGACAGUGACAUUGAGCUCGAUCUCACAGCUAGCUCGUGCACGUCGUGUAAUCGCUUGAAGAAGAAAAUCAAAACCCUUCAAAAGACAAUCAGCUGGCAUAAAAAGACAAAAGCGACCUUGCAAAAGAAAAUACACAGGCUAGAAGCAGAAAAUAGAACAUUAUUUGCGAGUCAACCAAGUGUUAGUACGGCAGCUUUGGACGAAGCCCACAUCGAUGAAGACAAUGAGCAAGAGUAUCUUGAUGAUGACGCCUCGAUGGAUUAUUCGUCUCUUGAAGAAUCUGGUCAGUCUGCUGCUGUGAUGGACGAAGAAAUUACGAAAAACACUGUCAGGUAAGGCUGGUAAUUUUUUGUAUAUAACUUGUCUGUAGGUUAUGUGAUGUCACUGAACAAUAUUGUUCCAAUCAAUAAUCUCCUCUAAUUUGUCCUACAAAACUGUGCCUUAGAAUUAAUAGCUUUUAAUUGCAAACUAAAUGAUUAUUGAAUCAAUAGUUCGACUUUAUAUUAAUUUGAAGAUGCAUCAAUUCAUCCCCAGACAAAAUAGUAUUAAAAUAUGAGUAAAUGAACUGAUGUUUUUCUAUUUCAGUGUUGACGAAGGAACCAGUCCAUACAACGAACCAAUGUUCCUUGUACAUUAUAGUCCCCUGGUAGAGUUGUUUGGAAGAUUCUGCUUCAAUUGUAAGUCCGAAAAUCCGAAGGUUCAGGUGAAACACAUUGGGUCAAUGGCUACUGUUGUGCAGGCUUGUAGUAAAUGCCUUAUGGAGAACUUCACAUGGAGAAGUCAACCUAUGGUCAUGGGAAGAUAUGCAGCUGGGAAUAUUAUGACAAGUUUUGGUAUCUUGAUGUCUGGAAUCAAUAUCAGCCAAGCUAUGUUGAUGUUCAGACACAUGAACCUUGCAACAAUAAGUGUACGGACAUAUCAUAUACAUCAAAGUACCCACCUAUUCCCAGCUGUCUUGAAACAUUGGGAAGUUUACCAGUCUGGUUUGAUUGAGGAAGUAAAGGACAGUGGAGAAGAAUCCCAGACAUGGUCAGGAGAUGGACGUUUUGAUUCUAUGGGUCAUAGCGCUAAGUAUGGUGUGUAUACCAUGUGGAGCAAUACAACAUCAAAAUUGGUCCACUUUGAAUUACUUCAGGUAUAAUUUCAUUCUUAUGAUUUAUCUGUAGUUCAUGGACUCAUGGCUGAACAUGCCUGUGAUUAUUUUGCUUUGUGGAAAUCAUGGUGUCAUUUUAUUUAGCAAGGCUUUUUCCCAAAGCAAAGUAAUCAAUCAUGUUUAUUGUACAGUAUAUCAAUGAAAUGCAUGUUUAGCUAAACAACCCAAAUAGGAGGCAAAAGGCUACAUAGACCACCCUAUAGUAGUUGACAAUAGUAUAAUAUAAUUAAAAACAUUUUUUAUGCAGGCAAAUGAAGUUGGCAGCAGCAAUGCAAUGGAACUUGAGGGUGCUAAAAGAUCAUUUAAUUUUCUAAAUGAAUCUGGUCUUAAGAUGGACAUCUUUAUUAGUGACCGACAUAAAGGGAUUGCAAAGUGGAUAAGGACCAAGCAAAAAGGGACAAAACACUAUAAUGACAUAUGGCAUGUAAAUAAGAGUAUAAACAAGCAACUGAGGAAAGUGAGCAAAGAGAAAGGAUGUGAAAUAAUCAAUGAUUGGCUAAAAGGUAUCCGCAGGCAUCUGUACUGGAGUGCACAAACCACCAUUCCUGGUUUUGAGGACCUCAUUGUGGCUAAAUGGAAAUCAACUGUGCGACAUAUGGCUGGUAAACAUGAAGAUCACCCAGACCCACUAUUUACAACUUGUGGCCAUGAGGAAUUGGAAGAACGAAAAUGGAUUCCUAUGGGUAUUGUUUUUGCAUUUAAAUCCUGAAAAGAGAACUAAGCUUGAGUCAGAAGUUUUCUAGGGUUUUAUUUGCUGGUUAAUUGCCUAAAUUUAAUUGCCCAAUUUCAAUAUAAUCAAAAUCAUUUGAUCAGCUGCCACAUAGAUAUGCCAAUCUUCUAUUUCAGUGUACUGUACUAUUGAUCAAGUCCCAUUUAACAUAUAAUCAGUCCCAUUUAACCUGUAAAAAACUCAAUUUUAUCCUUCAAGGAACUGUUGCCUAUGACCGGAUCUGCUCGAUAUUAUUGAAGCCACGCAUCCUGAAGGACAUUGCCAAGCUAUCACCCGAUGGUCAAACCAGUUGUCUUGAAGGGUUUCAUUCUACUCUUAACCAUUGGCAUCCAAAAAUGAUCCAUUACUCUUGGCUGGGAACUUUUUGCAGGUAACUUAUUUGUUUGUAUACAAAAUGUCAGGUAUUAUGUAUACUCUAAUAGAAAUGUACAUUAUUUGCUUUAGCAUUCUUACAUACUUAUUCAAAUUCACAGACACAUUAUUGCCAUUCUUCAUUUUAAUGAAAACGUGCAUCGCAAGUCAAAGAAAACGAAAGACGGUCGCACCAGUUACAACAUCAACUGGCCAAAAUUUAAGCUGGGUGAAGAAGUUGUUCGUGAAGUAACAGUUCAGCCUUCUUAUGGUAAUAUUUUGUUUUAGUCCCUAUCUACAUCGCAUGUUUGAGGACUUUCGAAAAACUGGGCAGAUUUGUGCUCCAUUUUACCCAAUAGCCUUUACUGUUUAUUGCACUUUUGUUGCUUUGCCCCAGCAACCUUGUUUGCCUGUUUUAGCAUGGCAAACACCCAUGAACGUUAUACUGUAUCCCCAUAUUUUGUGCACAAAUGUUUCUCUUGAGCACACAAAACAUGGAGAAAUAACCAUUCGGAAACCAGGUCAUUGAGGCAAGAAUGCAAUGAACAAUACAGUUUAUAAAGAACAAAACAAUAGACACUCCGAAAAUAGUUUAUUCAACGUUUCGACUAGGUUUCAGUCAUCAUUACUGAAACCUAGUCGAAACGUUGAAUAAAAUGUUAACUAUUUUUGGAGUGUCUAUUGUUUUGUUCUUUUUAAAAUUACUCAAUGGCAACCGUAAUUUCAAUACAGUUUAUUCUGUCCAAGUAUCCUGAGUAAAUCUUUCUAUUGGAAAUAACCAAUACAAAAAAUGGUUGUUUACAUGUUUAUAACAGGUUUUUAUAUAAUUUUUAUUGUAGAAUAUGUCAACGCUGUGAAGAACAUUCUAUUCUCAACCACCGAGGAAGAUUUAUCUAAAACUGUGGAAAAGUACAGAAAGAAAGCACCAGACCCUUUGUGUAAACAGUUUACAGAUAGAAGAUCUAAAGAAGAUGCCAUCAAACGGUACAAGGACAGAAAAGCACUUGAUGGCCAAGCACUUUUUCCUAGCUGUGAGUAUAUCCAGAACCACAACAAGCUAACUGUUUCAAAAUAUUGUAAUACAGUACAAAUCAUCUUCCAAAAACAACAUCCUGGUUUGACUCAAAACUUGAGUUACAAGAUGCUGUUUUUCAUAAUAUGUUUUGUAUUUCAUUAUAUGUGCAGUUUCAUUGAACAACAUUUUAAUAUUGUGAUUUUUCAUAGUGGAAGAACAGACGCAACAGCAAUGCGACUUAAUAGCACAACAGGAAGCAAAUGCAAUAUCCCAGCAAAGCCAGCCAAUUCGUAGAUGCAAAAAAUGUAAAGCCCCCAUGAAAGGACACCCACGUGGUCGAUGCCCUGAUCCCAUGUCAUAA